GGCGUUGGCCGUCUACGUCAUCACCACGCGACCAAGCGAAUAAACAAAGCUCGGUGCAUGUGCGACGGGAUGCGCGUGUUUACAGGCCACUUGAAUAAAACACUGGCACAUUUGAUCAAUUUUUAACCUCCGCCAAAAUGGAUGGCGCUUAAAUUUAUUUAAGUGUGAUUUAAAGCCACGCAACAUAUUUUGAAAACAACAGCGAGGCGGACGGUUGACGUCAGACGUUUCAAUUCACGUAACAUUACCACUCAAGCUUAAUUUAUAUAAAUGUUCACAUAUUAUCAAGUUAUAACCGCCUGUUGAAAGCCCAGUUGAGAGAAAGUCGCAGAGCAAACCUAAGGGAAGUAGUCAAGCAAGUCCCGGAUGUGAAAACGACGGAGCCCGCUAGCGUGUGGCUAACGCUAACUAACUACAUUGAAUACACGCAACGCAAUUCGCUUGUCACAAAAGCCGAAAAUGUUCGGUUCUUCGAGGGUAGGAGGGUCUCGAGGAGGUCAGGACCAGUUCAACUGGGAUGACGUCAAGGUGGACAAACAUCGAGAGAAUUAUUUGGGAAAUUCUCUAAUGGCUCCAGUGGGUCGAUGGCAAAAAGGCAAAGAUCUGACGUGGUACGCUAGAGACAAAAGUGGACGCACCCGGACCAAAGAGGAGGAGCUCGCUGCUGUCAAGGCUGCAGAACACGAUGCAUUGAUGGCUGCCUUAGGACACAAGGUUAUAAAGAGACAACCCACUGGACUGACCAAAGAGGACUUGGCAGAUAUUUGUAGGAGAGAAGACGACGACGGUGAAGAAAGGAAUGUGGAUCGACUCUCGGGAUUGGGAAGCUCCAGCGCCGGCUCACGGAAAGUGGUUCUCUCCCAGAAGGAGAAGGAGGCUGUUAAAAUGGGCCUGCCAGUUUUUACUCACCAUAAGACUGCGAAUCGUCCGGAAACCUCAACAGCAAAGUCGUCAGAGAUUUCAGAGAAAGAGGAGAUAAAGCAACGUGAGGAGAGCAAGAAGAAAAAGAAAGAGAAGAAGAGCAAGAAGGAGAAAAAGAAGAGAAAGAAGAGGCAGAGAAGCGACUCGUCCUCUUCGGAUUCGGAAGACCACAGAAAGAGGCCCCAAAAGGACCACCACCAUCCUAAUCCAUCAUACCACAGUCAGAGUGGAGCCAGACCCCAUGACAGCCAUUCAAGUGGGGGACCAAAGGCACAGCGGCAGCCCCCCCGCCCCCAUCAUCGACAGCAGCGCCACGACACGGACUCCUCUGACGGGGGGUCCCCUGUCCCCCAUAACCCCUCGGGCCACAAGACGGCCUCUGGCGGUGCCGCACAAAGCCGCAGGCGACGCCACGACACAGACUCGGACAGCUAAUGUGCUUCCCCGCCGCCCGGCCCCACCCACUCAUAAAGAUGCUCUUCAGAAGCUUGACCGCUCCUGAAGACUUCAUUUACUUAAUGGAGGCUUUUAUUACCCCAAUUACUUUUUUUUUUUUUUUUUUUUCAGUCCACAAACACAAUGAAUAAACCUCCAAAAUAA